GGAGCUGGAGUGCUUGAGCCAGCUCAGCAGGCGGGCAGGGCAGGCGGGUCCUUGGCACCCACUCUCCGCCCCCAUACUCCUAGUCUUUCUCUGCUCGGACCCACCUGCCGGGCCUUUGCCGCAUGGCGCUGUCCGGGGGGGCCGUGGUGCUGCCUCCUCCUCCUUUUUCUUCUUCUCUUCUUUCUCCUCCUCUUCCUCCUCGGGAUGCUGCAGUUCGCCGGGUGCUGGUCCUCGGCUGCUGGUAGCAGCAACAGCAUCUUCCGCGGAGGCAGCGGUCUCCAGGCGACCGCGCGGCUUCGCAGGGCUGCUCUGGCUCGCUUCCUCUGAGCGAGGUGUCUCUGGGUGCUCGGGCGAAUACACGGACUGGGAUAGCCGGGCACUUCAGUUGAGGAAAGCCUGGGGCAGUCCAAGGGUUCUCAGCGAAUGGAUCGCAGGGGUUCGAAGCGAGUGGCGGCGGCCCAGGCGGCUGGGGAGCACUGAGUGCGGAGAAUGUGCCCCGGCCAGGCGGCCGCGCCUGGGAGGAGGACGAGACUGCCAACUCCAGCUUGGCAACUCAGACACUAACUCGACUGAAUCCAACUUCCCAGCUCCGGCACCGGCUCCUGAGUAGCCGGAGCCCCGCUCUAUGGCCGCAGCGGGCGACGUGGACCCGGCGGCGCGGCAGAUUUCUGUUCAGAGACAUGUUCGUGGUCCACAAGCAUUUGAAGUAAAUCAACAUUCAGGAUAAGUGAUGACACGAGAACAGUACAUAUUGGCAACACAGCAGAAUCACCUGCCCCGAACGGAGAAUCCUCAAUUUUAUCCAGUUGGAAUUUAUGGAUGGAGGAAGAGGUGCUUAUACUUUUUUGUCCUCCUGCUUCUGGUUACUGCAAUUGUUAACUUAGCCAUGACGAUAUGGAUUUUGAAAGUGAUGAAUUUUACUGUGGAUGGGAUGGGGAAUCUGAGAGUCACCAAGGAAGGAAUCCGACUUGAAGGUAUAUCUGAAUUUCUACUUCCAUUGUAUGUGAAAGAAAUCCAUUCCCGAAAGGACAGUCCACUGAUCUUACAGUCUGACAGGAAUGUUACCCUGAAUGCCCGGAAUGCCCUGGGGCAACUCACUGGCCAGCUGACUGUAGGAGCAGACACUGUGGAAGCUCAGUGUAAAAAGUUUGAAGUGCGUGCAAGUGGAGGUGGCAGGGUCCUGUUUUCUGCCAAUGAAGAAGAGAUCACCAUUGGGGCUGACCGCCUGAAAAUAACAGGCACAGAAGGAGCAGUGUUUGGACACUCUGUGGAAACACCUCAUAUCAGAGCAGAACCCUCACAAGACCUCAAACUUGAAUCUCCAACUAGAUCUUUGAUAAUGGAAGCACCCAGAGGGGUCCAAGUGAGCGCAGCUGCAGGAGACCUCAAGGCCACCUGCAGGAAAGAACUCCAUUUACAAUCCACAGAGGGGGAGAUAUUUUUAAAUGCAGACACCAUUCGUCUGGGAAAUCUGCCCGUGGGCUCCUUUUCAGCUGCCCCACCAAGCUCUUCAGGACCUCAACAGACUGUGUAUGAGCUCUGUGCCUGUCCCAAUGGCAAACUGUACCUUUCCCCAGCCGGAGUGGGUUCUACGUGUCACUCCAGUAGCAGCAUCUGCUUGUGGCACUGACACACCCCUGAUGGCACCUCACACCAGAAUAGCCUUCCCUUCCAGGCCGUCUGCAACCCAGUUCUGCUGUCUGCCUCCCAAGGAGUCCCAGGCAGAGAGCCUCAGUCAAAGCUAUUCAAUAGGGAGACAGCACCGAGGUUUGGGGGGACACUGUUAUCUUCAGCAGGAAAUCCAGAUCCUUCCGUCCCCCUGGGUGUCUUUGCUACAUGGAGGCAAACACAUGCUUUAAACUUUGGCAGGACCGGGAUGGAAACUGCACGUACAUAUGUGAUCAAGAGACAUUCCCUCAGUAUCCCAUAGGGAGACACAUCGGGAAUCGGGAAACCCUGUAUGAUAACUAACACUACUGUCUGAAAGCACAAUUUUCCAUUCAUAUUUUUGGAUGUAAACUUUUAUCCAUAAUUUUAAAUAUUGAAAGCAUUAUGUAAUGCUUGCUUUACUAAACAAAUUCAAUACAUGGUUUUUAAACAGAGAGAGAGAGAGAGAGAGAGAGGAGAGAGAGAGAGAGAGAGAGAGAGAGAGAGAGAGGGAGGGGAGUGAGGGAGAGAGAGAGAGAGAGAUUUGAAGGAGAGAGUAAGAAUCCUGCCCUGAGUUUUGUUUCUUCCAAUCCAAUCCAAUAUGUUAUUCCUCUUUUUCAGUAUGUUCAGAACUCUGUACAUUAUUUUGAGUGUGGUCCACAAUAUAACCUGUAGCAAGUUAAUAAUGCUAUCCUGCAUAAGAUCUGAAUGGCCUUAUGGAAAAUUUAUGUGGCUAAUGCAUGUGAAGUGUUUGCUUUCAUUUGAACAUCUAGUAAAGCAAGACCUCCUGAUGGUGUGGAAAAUGGACAUCACGCUUUUAAAGUCACAGAGUCAUUAAUCCUCAUUAACACAAAAGAAAUGUAUGAUGUUGGGAACUAGUGAACUUCCAAUGGGAAUGGAAUCCCAGUGUUUCUUAUCUGUUCCUGUGCAAGGUUUCCAAGUAGUCUCAUUAAAUAUCCAUUAUCUGAUAGGAGA